CCUGGUUAGCGGUCGGAUCACGUGGGUUUAGGACUCGUGCGCGAACGCCAUCCUCAACCUCACCGCAUUCUGUCCUUUUCGCACUUCGUCUGCCGGCUAUCACUACUCCUCCCGAUCAUUCUGCUACUCAAUAGGUCUAUAGUUUAGCGGUGGUGGAAUAUUGCGUUUGGCUUGCGAGAUCCAUAUUCUUAAUAUUGUCACCCCUCCUGAUCUCUCCUUCCUUACUCUUCCCGACCUUCUCUCCUGAACCCUCUUCAUAAUGCCUGGUGUUCCUCCAGAUGCGCUGGACCAGCUGAAGAGAGGGUUCAAAAAGUUCUUCAGGGGUCGCAAGAAUCGAAUGUCAACUGCCCAAGCUGCUCCUUCAGCAGACACUCCGGAAGCCACCACCACAGCACCCGCACCAGAUGCAAAGCCAAUGAAGGCUACACCAUCGGAAGACUACUCCGGCCGCCCCACCCAGCAGCCCCCAGAAACAACUUACAGCAGAUUGCCGACUUCUCCCCCCCAGCUCCCUGCUCCCCGGCGCAGCACCAGAAACAGCACCGGCGACUACUCCAGCCACUGAUGCAACAGCUCCCCCCAGCCCCAACUCCCGGUGCAGCACCAGAUGCCUCCCCAGAAACUGCCCCAGCCGCUGCCGCAACGGUUCCCCCCGCAAUAACUGAGCCGCCUGCAGCUGCUGACCCUGCUCCUACAAGCGAAUCCACGUCUGCAGCAGUUGAUGCCCCUGCGGCCGCCACCCCUACCCCUGAGCCACCGAAGGAAACAGUUCCAGCAGCUACAGAUGCUACUCCAACUCCAGCUCCAGCUGCUGACGAUGUUGCUCCUACUCCUGCGGCCAUUCCUGCAACGGUCCCCGAGGCUACCGCUGCUACUCCCACUGCUGCUACUGCUGAAGUCUCAAAGACAGCGGACCCAGCGCCAGAACCAACCCCCGCCCCUGAAUCGAAACCCGCUGAAACCCAGUCUGCUGAGAUUAAGCCGGCUGAAGUCACAGAAGCAGCGAAAACGGAAGCCGAACCGACUCCAGAUGUCAAGACGGCUGCUGCUCCAGCACCUGCUCCUGCUUCGUGAGCAAUUUUUUCCUCUCCCCUGAAUAACCCUUAGUAACAUCAUGACGAUUUUUCCACACUCAUCUUCUAUGCUCAUUAUGCUGCAACAAACGCAACCAUGGAAUGUUGUUUUGCCUUUAUACAUGACAUGAACUAAAAUAUCAAAUCUGGGUUGGAUAUUGGUGGAUUAAUAUCUUGUUGUAUCGUUGGAUAUUUCAGUACUCCUACUGAUUUAUGUUGGUUGCCGCUUGUAUUAUGCGCUAUAUUUUCCUUUUCUUUAUUGUGUCAACUGAGCACGAUUCCCCGUAGUGCACUCUCGGCCUCUGUGUACUGUGUACUUUUUGUUUGUCCACGUCCGACUGGCUUGCAUAAUACCCGUUUUUUUUCUAUAUUUUUCUUUCUUUUUUUGUUUUCUUAUUUUCUUUUCCUGUUACACCAGUGCCACUUUGCAAAAAUAAUUAUAUCACACAGCUGUUUUUGUCUUGCAUACUCUUCGGUUACUCCCAAUGUGCCUCGGAAUUUGGGCAGCAAUUUCUCCCCAACGUGCUAUGCAAGAGUGAUUUUGAGCCUGGUGGGGAUUAAUUAAUAAAUACUUACAUUUGAUGUUGUGUGAAAGAUACUUUUAUACUUUUACAGGAUUGGGAAAUGAUGGCCAUGAGAUUCUAGCCUUGCUCAGUAGGAAAUGAAAUGCUAGCCUUGAUCCUGAGUUGCCUUGUAGUGAUGUUCUUGUGCGAUGUAUGCAAGAUCUGGUUUAUUCCGCGGUCUUCUUUCAUUCAACUCAUCCAUACGGUCAUAGACUCCUGUAGCUCCCGAGGAUUAUCCCAAGGCGAUAUUCGAACUAGUUUCCCCCUUUUCUCCUAUCUGUUUCCCUGCUGUUUACUUAGCGGUAUGUACGCUAAGUGGUGUUUGUGGAUAUAAAUCACGUGCUGCCUGCCAACUGCCCCUUCCAAUAUUUCAAGGUUUCCUUGUCUCUUCUCGUAUCGUAUCAGAUGCUUGUCAGGGUUAAGUCUAGUGUUGAUUCAGUGGAGAGAGAUAUCUACUUGUACAUGUACAUGUACAUAGGUCACUUUCUUUGUGAAUGAGAAACGGAGUUAUUUUAAGGUGGAAAUUGAUAUCCAAAUACCUGAUCUACUUAAGUAGUAAUGAAACUGUAUGAAGAUCGAU